AAAAAUUGAAUACUUCCACGUCCACGAAUUUGCAGCAACAUGAACGGCGUUACUUUAACUCGCAGUAUUGACCACUAAAAACAGUUAAAAAAGUAGGAUUCUGUACAUGGGUACACCAAAACCCUGAGCAAAAAUGCCUUCGAAGUUGGAGUUCUACGCCUUCCCACGGCUGAAAUCAGCCAAGAAGGAGAUGGACAAUAAUCACAUGGACUAUAAGAGUGGGGCCACUUUCUCCGGGCAGCUGGAUGGGCGCAAGCGGGAAGGGCACGGUGUCUUCGUCUGGCCCAACGGAGACCGGUAUAAGGGCGAGUAUGUGGACAAUGAUAGACAUGGCGCAGGGGAACAGAUCUGGUCAGAUGGGUCAAAGUUCAGUGGGGAUUUCGUCAGAGAUACUAGGCAUGGGCAAGGAGAACACAAUUGGCAAGAUGGAGAGAGUUUCAAGGGAUCCUAUUUUAAAGACCAUCGUCAUGGAGAGGGAACCUACACAUGGCCUGACAAGUCAUGCUUUGAGGGGACUUUCUACAAGAACAAAAAGGAAGGCUAUGGUGUCUUCAAAUUCAGCAGUGGUAAUGAAUUUCAGGGUUUAUACAUCAAUGAUGAGAGGGAAGGCCCUGGUCUUUUAUCAUACCCCGAUCAAAAGCAUGACAUCGGAGUGUGGAGGAAAGAGCGACUUGUCAAACUGUGCAGCCCUAUAGAGGGUGCAUUUACAAUGGCUGAUCAUACAGACUUUGAGUACAACCCAACUGAGCAUGUCUUGAGCCUGAAAAUUAAUGAUCCUCGCAACCCGGCCCUAAACGGGGCCUUGAACGACGCCUGUAAUGAUUCAAACACCAACGGACACAUGGAACAGUCGUUACGAGCGAUGAUGGAGAAACUUUCAAGUGUUAAUUUUGAGACUACCUUCGACAUCUUUCAGUCGAGCAUGGGAGAGAGCGUAGACUUGAAAACAUUGACUUAUGACAGAGAGGAGUACGACAAGGCUUUCUUUGGAGAUGAGAAUGAGGGAAGCAAAGAUUCUGACAACACCUUGACGGCACUAAACAAUACCCCUUCUCUGAUUGAGAUGCAGCUUCACGUGAUGAAGCAUCGGAACAGAGAAGGUGUGGUCAAAUUCCCGGUGGAUGCCCUUGUCCAUGGUGAUCGAGGAGUCUUCACUGAGAAGGGCCCCAUUGAACUAAUGUCAGAGAAGCUGAUAGAGGCAGCGGCAAAAGGAGACUAUGACACAGUCCAUUUGCUCUUAUCCAAGGGGGCAGUCAAUGUUAAUGUAUCUGACAGGAACGGCCACGUCGGUCUGAUCGGGGCAGCAGUACAUAUGCACCGAGACGUCAUCAAUUGUCUUCUAGACAAUGGGGCCGACGUCAACAAACUGAACGACGAGGGUCUCUCUGCUCUGGCUGCUUGCCAUGUUCUUUUCUACCCCAUUGCCUCCUUCAAGUACAACAUCGCGGAGCGCUACCUACCAGUGCCGCUCGGCGAGGAACGUGUCAAAGUCAAGAUCCACAUGGCGAGCCCAGAGGAAACGGUUGCCCCGGAGACGGCUCCCGAGGUCGGGCGGAGUGACAUCGUCCAUGAUGAGCCUGGGAAUGACUUGAAUAGAGAUUUCUUUGAUAUUGAGAGCCCGGUGAAAGAAGUUGGGGCUGAAAUGGAGGAAGAUGAGGGUUUUAUUCCUGAGUGGGAUCCGGAUAAUGAAUCAGUGGAGGAGAGACGGAGUGUGAGGAAAGCUGGCAGUCUUCUUAGCCAAAAGCUGACCUCCCUCCAUGGCUCCUCCUCCAUCAUCACUUCCAUCAAUGACUUUGAGACGGACCAGAGUCUCAAAGGAUUCGGUGUCAAGAUAACAGAAGACCUCAUUGAGAGGAGCGCCACCGCGAUGAGCAAGAACCCCAGAGUCGUUAGUCGGGGAAUCUCACGGCAGGAAGAGAAUCUGGAUGAGGCUAGGAAGCGGGCUAUCGAUAUAGCAGAACAUACCAACAUGGAGGCCACAAUCCGAUUACUCCUAAAGCGAGGUGCGGACCCCAACGCCUCGUCUGUACCCAUGCCCGUGCUCUUCUUUGCGAUCAAGGCUGCGGAUGUCGAUGCAGUCUCUAUACUCCUACAGAAGAAGGCAUCCACGGAAGCCAGGCUAUCACCUGAGAAAGAAGGCCUGAUUCCUCUGCACAUAGCGAGUGCAAUCAGGGGUGCUGAGGGGGUGGAAAUCACCAAGCUCCUGCUAGCAGCGGGGGCUAAUCCCAACACCAGAGCAAUGGACAAAGAUCUUCAGGAAUAUCCUGAGGAUCUGUCUCCUUUGGAUCCUAGUGUGAAGUUGAAGCCUGGUCUUGAUGAGAGUGUGUUCAGCUAUCUCCUGGAGCUGGAGGCAGCAGGGGAUCAUCAAGGAGGUCGUACUCCACUUCAUAUUGCCUGCGAUCGGGAUGAUGACUAUGAGCUGGCACGUCAGGUGGUACACCUUCUCCUAGAGCAUGGAGCCAAUCCAAACGUAUUGUGUAAAGGACAGUCGCCGCUCUCACUGGCUAUCGCUAGCGGCAAUGAUCUGGCAAUUGAUGAGUUGCUAAGCUGUAAUGCUAACACCAGUCUACCACUAGGCCAGAGCAUAGGCAGCGCUCUAUGUGUAGCUGCUAACACACAGUUUGAAUUCAGAAGGACCCCUCAACAGAGAAUAGCAUUGAUUGACAAACUAGUCAAAGCUGGAGCCAACAUAGCAGCACCCAUCGCUGUAGGACCGAAGCGUCAGAUGGGCACGGCUGUAGACUAUGCCUACUGGAUGUUCAAUCAGGACCGUCGGAUAGCACACAUGCCGUACCAUGCCCUGACACACGCAGAGCGCGACACCUACAACGCUCGCAGGAAGCUGCUAAGUCACCUGGGAGAGAUCCUGAGAGAGGCCGCUGUCAAGCGAGAGAAGGACCGUUUGGACCAGGAGGAGUAUGAUGGCAUGAGAAGUGUCAGCCCAAGCCAUGGAUUCCUGUACACCGGGGCAGGGGCCGAGACAUCGGAAGGUAGCAGCAUCGGGAGAAGCAAGAGCCCCUCCCGAAUCUCCUUCAAAGGGGGUGAAGGAGUGGGGCUAGAGGGCAGUAAACAGGUGGCCUUUGAGGCUACGACCAAGGAUAGCAGCGGUAUGGUGCAACCCUUGGUGGAUCGCGAUGAAGAGAUGACCGUCAGGAAGCCAUUGUUUCGUUACUGCUACGAGUGUGGGCGAUCCAUAGGGGUGCGUCUGUCUGCUUGUACCCGCUGCAAGGAGGUCUACUACUGCAGCAAGGCGUGUAAGAUUAAAGCAUGGAAUGCUAGGCACAAGGAGGAAUGCUUAAGAUUGGGAGGACGCAGUCGCAGUCCAAGCCCGACACUCCACGCUGGACUAUCAUCAAGCAAUGCUGGUCUCGCAGGCGCACAGGGUCAGACGGGGUCAAAUGCCAAGGGUCAGGUGGGGUCAAAUGCCAAGGGUCAGGUGGGGUCAAAUGCCAAGGGUCAGGUGGGGUCAAACGCCAAGGGUCAGGUGGGAUCAAAUGCCAGAAGUCCCAACUCGAGCGUUAAAAACCAGAAUGGAACUGCAGCAGGUGCAAAGACAAGAGGGCAGGGAGCAGGUAAGGGGCCUGGUGGGGUGGUCGGGGCAAAAGGUCAGACCGUGGAUAAGGGGUCAAAGGGCAAAGGUCAGGGAAAAGCAGGGGGUGAUAUUGGUCAGUUUGUUGGAGGUAGUGGUGGGAGGGAAGCUGUGAAUCAUAUGUUGCUUUCAGAAAGUACAGAUAACUAUAGCUAUAAUUGAAGGAACCAUAUAUUUGAUUUUAUAUUUAUUCUCUUUUGCCAUCGCACCGAUGCACCUGAUAAGUGUUUUAUUAGAUCAUGCAUCAGUUCUUGACACCUUGAGUACUAAGUAAAAAAUAUAUCACUCUAAUUGAAUAUCAAAACGCGUUCAACUACAUGUACAUGUACUUUAAUGAUGGGUUUGGGAAAAAAGAGAGAAAAUGCAAUGAAUUAUUUUCAAUGGGUAAAGCAACCAAGGCUUAUUAUAACUACAAUUUCUACACUUUUAAAAGGAACUAAUGAGAAUAAACCUGUGUAGAUACUGAGGAUGAGAGGUAAUGUUAAUACAAUGUAAUGUGCAAAGGUGUAUGAAGCAUUCAUGAAGACCAAGAAGGUAGAAUGUAUUACUCUGCUUUAAAACAGCAUUAGUAAACAUCCAUCAGAAUUAUAUAUUUAUAUAUAUUUCAUAUACAUUGUCUAUUCAGCAGCAAUUGUUCUUUCAGUAUCAUUAAGGGAUAUGUUCAUUUUGUGUAUGUGAUACGACCCCUUCCGCACAACCAGAUUCUAUGGCCCUAAUCUCUCACAUUUCAUCAACCCUAAAUAUUUUGAUCCCACCCUACUUAUGUUUGAAUGGUCUUUCAAAGAAUAUUGUCAAAACUGUGCGUAUAUACCAAUGGAUGGUUGAACAAGCGAUAACAUUUGCUACUGAUUUGAUGCAAAGGUCUGGAAUGAAAAAAUUAUCUGAUCAUGCUUUUAGGGAUAAGAUUAAUGAUUACCAGCCACAACAUUAAGGUCUAUCUCUAAACAUGGGAUUCUGUUCAUUAUUGUGUGAGAUAUUCCUACGGUCAGAAUCUUCAAUAAAUUCUCUUGAUACUGACGUUGAAAAUAGUACAUUGCGUUUGUGCACAGGACAGUACAUGUACAUGUAUAACUUGUAAGAUUUAAUAUAGUCUGUCACAUUCCAUGAAUUGUUUAUUUCAUUUUACAAAUUAUAUAAAUAUUAUUUAUAACACCCUUCAUAGGGUAUAUUGACUUGUACAUACAUAUACAUAGGACUAUCUUGAAUAUUGCUAAAUAUCAUAUUUUUUACAAUAUUUAGCUUACAUGUAUAUCUUAUGUCCAUAUUUUUUGUGUGAGGGUCCUUGAGUUUUAAUUCAUUGUAUGGCCUCAAAGGUACCUUUUCACUUUGCAACCAUUUAAAACUGGUUGCAUCGUGUAAAAUCUAACCUUAACUGGUUGAAAAAGCAUGUUAGAAAGUUUCAGGGUUUGUUUAAAUAAGAAGAAAAUUAACACUUGAUGUACAAAAAGAUGAAUGCCUUUUGUAUAUCUUUCUUUUAAUAGAUUUUUCUUUUUACCGAAAUCACCUACAAAUUUUAUUUUCUGACAAACAAGCGGGUGUUUGUUUUUAUUGGUUAACUUAUGUUCUUAACAUGUCGUGGAGAUAUAUAUCAUCAUAAUCUCAAGAGUUUAUAAAAUAGUACCUUUCAUUUGUGAUCCAGUACUGAUUAUGAUUAUUAUCUGCCUUAUAUUAUGUUUUCAUCACCUUGAAUUCAAUCAUAAAUUUGAUCCGUCCAGAUUAUUAAUUGUCAAUGCUGAUGAUGUAAAUGUAUGUGGUAUUUGAAUAACAAUGCAGUGAAACAAAUGAAGUGACUACUUA